AUUGAAGUUCCACCCCUGAGAAACUGAUCCCUCGACGCUCUCCCCCAUUUUCCCCAAAAACUUUCCCGCCCCUCUCCUUUUUCCCUCAAAACCCUAGAUCCAACAGAACCAAAAUAACCCCCAAAUCUCAUCCCCAAAUCUCAUCCCCAAAUUCCUAGAUUCCACCCCAAAUCUCUAAUUCUAACCCACCGUCACCGAACCCUAACCCAAUUCCACCAGAACCCUAACCCUCACUCUCUCCGGCGAUGCCAUCCCUCGUUUCACCGGGAAAAAUCCACCGCCUCGAGCUCGAGAACUUCAAAUCCUACAAGGGAUUCCAAACCAUCGGCCCCUUCUACGAUUUCACCGCCAUCAUCGGCCCUAAUGGCGCUGGCAAGUCAAACCUCAUGGACGCCAUCAGCUUCGUUCUCGGCGUUCGGUCAACGCACCUCCGAGGGGCCCAGCUCAAGGACUUGAUCUACGCGUUCGAUGAUCGAGAGAAGGAGCAGAAGGGGAGGAGGGCUUUCGUUAAGCUCGUGUAUCAGAUGACGAAUGGGAACGAGAUUCAGUUUACGAGGACCAUCACGGGUGGCGGAGGCAGCGAGUAUAGGGUUGAUGGGAGAGUUGUGACUUGGGAUGAGUAUAAUGGGAAGUUGAAAUCUAUUGGGAUUCUAGUAAAGGCGCGGAAUUUCCUUGUUUUUCAGGGUGACGUGGAAUCGAUUGCAUCGAAGAAUCCCAAGGAGCUUAGCGGGCUUCUUGAACAGAUUUCAGGAUCUGACGAGCUUAAGAAAGAUUAUGAGGAUCUGGAAGAGCAGAAGGCAAGAGCUGAAGAGAAAUCAGCACUUGUUUAUCAGGAGAAGAGGACUGUAGUGAUGGAAAGGAAGCAGAAAAAAGCUCAGAAGGAAGAGGCAGAGAAGCAUCUUCGGCUGCAAGAAGAACUGAAAUCUUUAAAGAAAGAACACUUUUUAUGGCAACUGUUCCAUAUUGAGAAAGAUACAGAAAAGCUAGUUGGUGAGCUUGAAGAUGAAAAGCAAAAGUUAGAUGAUGUUCUCAAGGAAUACGAGAAAUAUGGUUCUGAAGAAUCUGCUAAAAAGAAAGAACAGGCUGGAUAUUUGAAGCAGAUGUCCCGUUCUGAAGGCAACAUAGCAAAGAAGAAAAUUGAACUUGAUAAGAAGCAACCAGAACUUCUUAAAGUUAAGGAAGAAAUAUCCCGUAUUAAUUCAAAAAUUAAAAGUAGCAAGAAGGAGAUGGAUAAAAGGAAAGAAGAGCAAAGGAAGCAUGCAAAAGUCGUGCAGAAGCUACAGAAGGAUUUGCAUGAUGUUACUGAAGCUAUGAAUGAACUUAAUGAGCAAGGUCAUGAUGGAGCUGGAAAACUUCAGUUAGCUGAUGAUCAACUUGAGGAAUACCACAGAAUCAAGGAAGAUGCUGGGAUGAAAACUGCAAAAUUGAGAGACGAGAAAGAAGUGUAUGACAGGCAGCUACAUGCUGAUGUAGAAGCUCACAAGAAUUUGGAGGAGAAUCUCCAACAAUUGAUUAAUCGAGAACAAGAGUUGGCAUCACAGGAAAGCCAAAUGCAAGCAAGACUUGAGAAAACUCUCGAGGCAGUUGCAAAACAUAAAGAAGAGCUUUCAGUAGCCACUGAGGAACUGAAUGUUAUUUCAGUUCAACGCCAAUCAUCUGGGUCAAGGUAUCAUAGCUUAAAGCAGCAACUUGAUGAAAUAGAUCUCAAGUUACGGGAGUUAAAAGCUGAUAAGCAUGAAAGUGAAAGAGAUGCUCGACUUUCUGAAACUGUUCAGAGUCUUAAGCGGCUUUUCCCUGGAGUUCAUGGGCGUAUGACUGAACUCUGUAGGCCAUUGCAGAAGAAGUUUAAUCUUGCUGUUACUGUUGCUAUGGGUAAAUUUAUGGAUGCUGUUGUGGUUGAAGAUGAAAAUACAGGAAAAGAAUGCAUCAAGUAUUUGAAGGAACAACGUCUGCCUCCUCAGACUUUUAUCCCUCUACAAUCAGUACGUGUGAAGCAAAUACAUGAAAAAUCACGCGCUUUGGGUGGGACAGCCCGGUUGGUCUUUGAUGUAAUUCAAUUUGACCGGUCCUUGGAGAAGGCUAUCUUGUAUGCUGUUGGUAAUACAUUGGUCUGUGAUGAUAUUAAAGAAGCUAAGGCACUUAGCUGGAGCGGGGAGAGGUACAAAGUUGUCACUCUUGAUGGGAUUCUACUGACAAAAUCUGGAACAAUGACUGGCGGGCUGAGUGGUGGAAUGGAAGCGAGGUCUAAUAAGUGGGAUAAUAGUAGAAUUGAAGCUCUGAAGAAGAAAAGAAAUAAACUUGAAUCGGAUAUGGAACAGCUUGGGUCAGUCAGGGAAUUACAGAUGAAAGAAUCUGAAGCAACAGAAAAGAAAACUGGACUUGAAAGGAAGAUUCAUUAUUUGAAUAUUGAAGAG